UUUUUUUUUUUUUGUCGCCGGCCGACCUUUGUCCCUCCCUAAGACAAUCAUCUUCUCCUUAUUCAAAUUCUACCUGAACAGUUAAAGCGAUCUUGCCCAAAAUGAAACUCAUCAUCAUUCUCUUCUCCUGUCUGGCUGUCGCCAUCGCGGCUCCAUCGACAGUCGAUUCUCGUAGCGAUACUGAACCAGCGAUGGUGAAUGCUGCGGGAGAAGUUGUGCCUUUUGAUCCUGCUGGAGUUGUUGUGAAGAUCUAG